GAAGGGUGUGCGAGCGAGAGCGCGGCGGGGCUUCCCUCAUCUUCUUCCGCGAGCGCCCUCGGCCCCCUUGACGCGCCCCGCUGGGGUGGAGGAGCCGCGUUCAAAAGCAGCGCGAGCCCAGCAGCUUCCCUCAGUGGCUGCGGGGGACGCCCGGGCGUCGUCGGAGAAAAGGCUCCCGGGACCCCGAAGGCUCCUCUCCUUGCCCGGGUCUUGCGGGAACUUUGUUCCGGCGGCGCCGCCGGGAGGAUGCUGGAGGGCGGCUGCAAAGCCGUGAAGGAGGGCGUGCUGGAGAAGCGCAGCGACGGCUUGCUGCAGCUGUGGAAGAAGAAGCGCUGCAUCCUCACCGAGGAAGGGCUCCUGCUCAUCCCGCCCAAGCAGCCGGAGCUGGCGGCGGCGGCGGCGGCGGCUCCUGCUCCGCCGCCUGCUGCUCCUCUGCCCGGCCUGGAGACGACGACGAGCGCGGCGCCCUCCGUGGUCGCCAAGAUCAAGGAGCUGCCCUUCUCCACCAUGAAGACGGUGGACUGCGUGGAGCGCAAAGGCAAGUACGUGUACUUCACGGUCGUGAUGGCCGAGGGCAAAGAGAUCGACUUUCGGUGCCCGCAGGAGCAGGGCUGGAACGCCGAGAUCACGCUGCAGCUGGUGCAGUACAAGAACCGCCAGGCCAUCCUGGCCGUCAAGUCCACGCGGCAGAAGCAGCAGCACCUCGUCCAGCAGCACGGGCCGCGCCUGCGGAGCGCCUCCAACUCCGCCUAGCCGGGCCCCAGCCAGGGCAGAUGGAAUUCAAGCAAUGCUUCUGGAAGCAAGGUGGACCCUCUCCAUCGAUCACAACCUUGGCAAACAAAGGGACUGCAGACACAAGGGAGAGCAUCAGUUCUGCUGCUGGAGUCUUUCCACUUUUGAUACUGCCCAUCAUUACUGCGGGGAAGCGUUUAACACUUGUAACUUUGACUACUGCUUAUGAAGAUAUGAAAGGAUUAUUUGGCCUGCCGGGCCUCAAAAAAUAUAAGAUUGUUGCUGCCAUAUUCCACCCCCCAAUCUGUUUUCUUUUUUAUGUUAAUUUAUUAGUGGAGACUUUUGCAAGGUAUUUCUGAAUGUAGGCCAUUUAGAAAGGAAUCACACACAGAGUAUAAUUGCAUUGGCUAUAUUGCUACACUUGAAGGGAGGAGGAAGGCAGAGGAGAGAAGGUGAUGUUGGUGAAAUGAAGAGAUGUACCAGAAUAUGGACUUUACAACUAGUCCCCCCCCCACGUCACUUUUUACAUCCGUUUUCCGUUGCCACAAGUGAGAGACUAUUAUGAAACAAAUGUGUGAAAUAUGUCCUGGAAUAAGGAAAGCAAUGACUUGGAACCUGAUUUCUAGGUUGCUUUAAUGUUUAUUAUAUGUUCAUUUGGAGAGUAUUAUAUUUUGUAUCCAGUAGUAAAUGCAUUUGGGUAUGCCACUUGUAUGUAUUCCUGCUUCGUGAAGAGGCUAUGGAAAUCUGACUUCAUGAUCAAGGAUAAUCGAUUUAAAAAUACAAUCAUGCUAUGUUCUUUUAUUCAGAUAAUAGAACCAUGCAGAGAACUGUUCAUUGCACUUCUUUGUUUAAGUUUGGGACCCUGUCUGUAAUGUUUCUCAGAGCUGUUACUUGAUUCUGUUCAAAUCAUUCUAAAACAUCUUCAAAUGCUACACUAAUCAUCCCAUCCAGUAAAUGUCUUACUGUUUAACUGAGGAACUUUCCCAGAAUUCCUGUAAUUGAGUUCCCUAGAUGAGCCUCAGCGCAACAUUUUCCAUUGCCCCCUGCCAUAGCCUCUAAGAACAUAGGACAUUUCAGUCAGGGAGCAGCACUAAUUUAAAAAAAAAAA